AUGCUAGAGGAUGAUGACAUGAUGGACACCUCUGUGUCGCCAAAAAGUCGUGCGUCGUCGUCCUUGGGUACGGACAAGGUGCAAGUAACGAUGUCUUCUAGACAGGUCAACGACAAGAAAGAAUCGCAAGUGAGCUCUUCCUCUUGUGAGAGUAAUACUGAGAAUACUGGACGCAGUCCACCGUUGAUGCCGCCAUGGCGGAAACGUGGCGAUAAGAGCAUGUUACCCCCUGGACCAUCGCAACCCAUCACUCAUCGGCGAUGGAAAACAACCUCUGCGUCGCCUCAUGAAUCGGCAUUGGGCGUGAUUAAGGACAAGAAGACCAUUACACUUGAAGAGUAUGAACGUCUUCAGCAUCAAUUGUUUGAAAUGGUGGAGACGACGCCCCAGAAGCAGUUGAAGAUGACACAAAGUGCUCUGGCCAACGGUCUCGAGCACCCGUUCACGCGGGGAUUCCCUGGUCCGACGUCGUUUCCAGGCUAUGUGCCUGGCUCCAAUGCAAAUCAGAAUCAUGGCGCCGCAGCCGUUCAGGACGAGAAAAAACGUGGAUCUGAGUAUACAGCGAAACAAAGCGAGACCUUUAGCAAACGUCCUAGGAAUCAUGAGAAGGAACCAGUUUCCGUCUCGGGAACCACUUUGCGCGGAAAGAUGACGCCUGAGGAACGCCUUCAUCGAAAGCCGCGUCCCUCGCGACUUUUGACUGGAACCAAGCGUAAUAUCUCUGCGCGCUACGCGUACUCUGCUGCUGUUGCGGAGACGAUUCUGUCGACGCUGAACAAGUUGCAGAGCCCACUGGAGCAAGAGGCACAGAAGCCGACGCCUUCUACGGCGACGAUGUGGGCGAAGUGUCAUUCAGCGGUUGUGGAUGGCCAGAAGAACAGCUCUAGCAACGAAAUGGAGAUUGACAGCGAUGACGUGCCCCCUCCGACAAGUACAGUUCCUCGCGUGGCAUUCCCACAGCCACAGCCUUCAAAGAAACUUGCUGAUUUGUCGUUUGGCAGCACUCCAAACACCGCGUUCGAGACGCCUCCAAAGAGCGGUAAUACUGUGUCGAACGGUGUGACCUCGUUGUUCUCGCCACAGGCGGUGGCUAUGACCCCUGCACCCAUUGCCAAGACAUCCGCACCGGAGCAGCCACAGUUCGAGACAACCGGCGAGUUUAAAUUCACGCUUCCGGUUCGUGUCAAAGAAGUGAAGCAGGCAGAAGCGGACGACGAAGAUACCCGUGUUCGAUUUGUGUUUUCUCCUCCGCUUAGUAUGCUCGAGCCACCUGUGAGGAUUUCCAACCAAAGGAAGGCUAAUAAGGAUGGCAGCGCACCUGCUCCGUUUGACUUUAUGCCAUCAUCACCCAAGAUGAAGGCGACUGCGUGGGUGGCUAAGCCAUCAACGAUGAAAGAACCCGAGGAGCGGAAAACCGACUCAAAAAAAGCUAUCGCGGCGGAGACGGCCGAGGAGUCUGUUGCUGGUUCGACGGCAGCGGCAGCGGCACCUACUGUUUCUCUUAAUAGUGGUGUGAACCCACUUGCCAGAUUUAUGCAGCUGAAACCUGGACAGUGGAAGUGUCCUGGAUGUAGCGUCUUAAACGAGGCCACGAGUGCCAAGUGUCCAUGCUGCGAAACGACCAAGCCUGGAGGCGGAGUCGCAGAAAAGACUUCUUCUGUGGCGCCGAAUGCUUCUGAAGAAAUUUCGUCAAGCGAUUUUAGCCUUGGUCUGGCCUCCGUGGAGGCAAAAAACGGUUCUGACAAGUCGGUUGCUGGCUCAAUCACGGAGAGUGGCUUCUGUUUUGGGGCCCCGUCUGUGGAAUCGAAGAAGGAUACCGAGAAGCCUGCUGCGUUGAUGUCAUCUAGUGGUUUUACUUUCAGCGCGCCUGCGGCUAGUGCGACCACCAAUAAGUUUGCCGCGAAAAUCACGUCGGAUGGAUUCAGUUUUGGAGCCCACGCUGCAUCGGAAAAACCUGUUGUUGGAGACGUAGAUUUCGGUACCGCUGCCGAAUCAAAUACGAGAGCAGAUUCUUUUGCAAGCACUGCUCCGAUCUCAUUUGGAUUCUCGGCUCCUGUAGAAAAGGCCGGCGAGGCAUCAACGAAAAUGUCUACUGGGAUCGGGAAGGCUGUUCCUGCUUCGUCUUUCUCUUUUCGCGUACCGGAAGCAUCGGAACCUACUUCAGACCAAACAUCGGCGACUACAAAGUCAAGUAGUGUCUCGAGUGGGUUCGCAUUUGGCGUCACUGGUGCCAACACUGCUGAUGGCACUAGUACGGGCAAGCGUAAGGCACCAGAGGCCGAAGUAUCGACAAACGGUUUUGCUCCGUCGUUCAACUUUGGGGCAACCACGGCUACGAGCACUGAAGCACCAAAGGCGAACACUGCGACUGGUUUUAGUUUUGGCGUGGCUACGGAGCCGAAGAAGGCGAGCCCGGAGGAGUCAGACCGUCCGACGAAGCGUUUGGCUGCGUCCACAACCGCGUCUGACUCAAAGCCUGAUGCAUCGGCUUUUACGUUUGGUGCGGCUUCGAAGCCACCUCAGGUGCCUGCCAAGGAAUCCGCCGAAACACCGUCGUUGACACCUUCGUUCAACGUUGGUGAACCUAGCAGCUUAGCAACUACACAAAAACCGGAGGAGAGGACAACUUCUGCCUUCAGCUUUGGUGUCACCUCUACCGAAGAGGCUAGUGUUCCAACGGAAGCAAAGUUUCGGGAAAUGAUGCCUCCAAAGACUGGUUUUACGUUCGGAUCGUCGUCGCCAGCAGAACCCAAACCUACCGCUGGCUUUGGACAACAUACAGAAUCUGAGGCUCGUGCGUUUUCAGUUGGUGCUUCAGCAUCCACUUCGACACCUGCUACUUCGGCGCAAGCUACAUCAACAUCUGCUUCAUCUUCUGCCGGCUUCAAUUUUGGCCAGAACACGACGGUUGCAACUAGCAAUGCCCCUGCAUUUGGCGCCGCGCCUUCUUCUUCUGCAUUUGGUUUUGGAGCGUCGAUACCGACACCGCCUCCUGCGGGCAAGUCAAGCUCCUCAAAUGCAGAGAUGUCGUCGGCUGCUGCUUCGACGAUGGCGUCUACGUUCGGCUUGUGGUCUGCCAAACCGGAGGGAUCCUCUGCGUUUGGCCAGACGCCUGCAAGCACGUCGAGUUUUGGUUCUACGUCGACGGCUUUCGGGUCAAACUCGUCUAAUGUGUUUGGAUCUGGAUCGAACGUGGGAGGCUUCGGUAGUAAGUCUAAUGCUGCUCCCUCGACGACGUUCGGUAAUUCCGUAUCGUCGGCUCCAGCCACAUCAGCGUUCUCUUUCGAAGCAUCAAGGCAAGCUCCCGCUGCAAGUGCACCUGCACCUACGGCUGCCCAGCCAGUAUUUACGUUCGGGGCGUCGAGUAAUUCAGCCCCGAGUGGAUAUGGAGCUGCGCCUGCAGUUUCGAGUGGCCCCAGCGGUGCAUUCGGCGCCCCAGUCGGUGGUUUCAGAUCUUCCAGCCCUGCGCCUGCCUUUGGUAACCAGUCUGCUCCCGCAUUUACCAGCAAUCGUCCGCCACUGACGUCCUCGUUUGGUACAGGAUUCAGCAGCGGUCCGCCGAGCUCUGGCUUCCCUACUACUAGCUCGACUCCUGCAUUUGGUGCUGCCCAAGCUGCUCCGCCUUUUGGCGCCACCCCAGCCCCUCCUUUCGGUACCGCUCCAGCUCCGCCUUUUGGCGCUGCUCCAAACACGGCUUUUGGUGCUACUCCGAACACGGCUUUUGGCGGCACUCCGAACACGGCAUUUGGCGGCACUCCAAACACGGCUUUCGGUGCUGCUCCGAACACGGCUUUCGGUGCUACUGCCUCUGCUCCUGGCUUCGGAGCUCCUACCGCCUUCGACGCCUUUGCUGACGGCGGAUUCAACAUGGGUGUCGCUCCGCAGCACGCCAAGAACAGGCGCAUUUUGAAGGCCAAGGUUCGCAACCGGCGAACGUCAUCGAAGCGAGAAUGA